AAGAAACUCAUGGUUGUGUCUCUUUCUUUUUGACCUUUUAAAAACUGAAAACAGAAACACAAUCUAACAUUUCAUUUCAAUCAUUCUUUCCGUUUUUGCUUCUUUCGUUCUCAUAUCCAUCAGAAGACAAAACAUUGGAGAGAGAGGAUACAACAAUGGAAGGCUCAAGAACAAGAACUGAAAAGAAGAAAAAGCUACCCAGUGUUUGGUUUUCACUCAAGAAAUCUCUCCACUGCAAAUCUGAUCCCACCGACGUCCACGACCCGAGUUCCAGAAGCAAAGAGACAACCAAGCGAUCAACUUACCGGUCCGGUUGCUCAAGAUCCAUAGCCAAUCUCAAAGACGUAAUCCACGGAAGCAACCGACACUUAGAAAAGCCGACGACUUGCUCUAGCCCUCGUUCAAUCGGAAGCAGCGAGUUUCUCAAUCCCAUCACUCACGAGGUCAUCAUCAGCAACUCCACUUCCGAGCUCAAGAUCACCGCCGCCGCCGGCGACGUAGACUCCUCCACCGGAGCAAGGGAGUUCGUGGGAACUCUGAGACCAGGAACGCCGGUGCAUUACUCCUCUUCAAACAGGAGCCAAGCGUCGAGAAAGGCCUCGUCGGAGAGAGACAGAGGAGGAGCAGCGUUUAAACAGAGCAGGAGAGACUCCGCCGUUGUCAACGGAGACGAUUCCUCUGUUUCUUGCCAUAAAUGCGGCGAGAAGUUUAGCAAACUCGAAGACGCAGAAGCUCAUCACCUCACCGAACACGCCGUGACAGAGCUCGUGGAAGGAGAUUCGUCGAGAAAGAUCGUGGAGAUGAUAUGCAGAACAAGCUGGUUAAAGACAGAGAACCAAUGCGGGAGAAUCGACCGUAUCCUGAAAGUGCACAACAUGCAAAAGACUCUAGCGAGAUUCGAGGAGUACAGAGACACCGUCAAGAACAGAGCGAGCAAGCUACAGAAGAAGCACCCGAGAUGUAUCGCCGACGGAAACGAGCUCCUCAGGUUCCACGGAACCACAGUCUCGUGCGUUCUAGGGGUAAACGGGUGCACGAGCCUUUGCUCGUCGGAGAAGUGCUGCGUUUGCCGGAUAAUAAGAAACGGGUUCUCGGUGAAACGGGAGAUGAAUAACGGGAUAGGGGUUUUCACGGCGUCGACUAGCGGGAGGGCGUUUGAGUCGAUCGAAAUGGACGGUGGUGAUGGGACGACGGAGAGGAAGGCGUUGAUCGUGUGUCGGGUGAUCGCCGGGAGGGUUCAUAGGCCGGUGGAGAAUGUGGAGGAGAUGGGCGGGUUGAAUGGGUUUGAUUCUUUGGCGGGUAAAGUUGGUUUGUAUACUAAUGUUGAGGAGCUUUAUUUGCUUAACUCUCGAGCUUUGCUUCCUUGUUUUGUGGUUAUCUGCAAGCCCUAAAUCAACUUUUUUUUUUGGGGUUAAGUUGUGUGUGGUAUCAAUAGAGUUUUAACAACGCAAAGUUG